ACGCUUUAAUACCCUCAAAUCGACUAGUGCAUUAUUUGUAUCUUUAAAUCUUUCAAUUGCUCAACUUGCAGUCAUGAGCAUUGCUCAUAAAAUUGUUUCUUUAAAGACAUCGAUCGGUUUUAUUAACCGUAGGAUCGUUGGAAAUAAAAUACUUACAAGAAACAGCCAUGUAGUUUCUUAUCGUAACGCCCCACCACCACAUUCAAAAGCAACAAGGAUUGGAGCUGUAGCUGUUGGCGCAACAAUGUGGUGGUGGGUUCUUUGGCACUUGUGGCACGAACCCGACCAUAUAACGGGAGAGUUUGACUAUCCAAAUCCAAAAGUAUGGAGCAAUUCAGAGUUGGGUAUACCAAAGGAUGAUUUAUAAAGUUAGCUUUCUUAAAGGAGGUUAGCCAAUGUUGAUUUAAAAUAUUCAAUAAAUUAAGCUAUUUAGCCUCAUAAAUUCUUAUAUCAA